AGAAUCAAAACAAGAACUCGAGACCAAAGGAUGCCGGUGAGUCCUCUGUAAGUCAACAGUCCGACGACGAAAGGGUAUUCCGAUUCAGAACCCUCGAUCUGGAGAAAUACAUCCAGUCUCCUAUUCCGUCACUAAUGGAGGCAGAAGCCGGCGGCGUUUCGGUGGCAGUAGCAAUCGUGGCGUGUACCGCCAUGACUAUUUUCUACGUCGCUAUUCUUUACUCUCCUACAUUGAUAUUUCGUCUCCCGCCUCCAUCCUCCUUCAAAAGCUUCAUGAUUCGACGCUUCGUUUGUGCUGGUAUCUCUACUGUCGUUUCACUUCUUGUCUGUGCUUUUAUCCUCCCUAUAAAGAGCUGGGAGGUGUCAUACCUUUUUAGCGCUUAUGGUGUCCGUCUGCACCACACAUGGCAAGCUGUGAUUCUUCCUCUUUCCUUGACUUCUCUAAUGUAUGCUGGAUCAUUUGUCCUUAAAUUCUUCUCACUAUGGAGCUCUUGGGCUGAGCACGAGGAUCAUGGGAUGGAUCUAUCAUUUAAUGGCUUAAGAAGUGUUUUUCUAAAGCUCAUUAACUUGACGUUAUCAGUUGUUUCCAAUAUUUCAGCAUGGAGAAUGUAUAUUGUGGCUCCCCUUACAGAAGAGUUGGUUUUCAGAUCUUGUAUGAUACCUUUACUUCUAUGUGGAGGAUUUAAACCAUAUACAGUAAUACUUCUCUCUCCUGUUUUUUUUAGCCUAGCUCAUUUGAACCAUUUAUUGGAGUUCUACAUGCAGCAAGAUACCAGCUUGCUGAAAGCUUGCAUGGUUGUAGGUUUUCAGCUUGGCUACACUGUGAUCUUUGGGUCAUAUGCAUCAUUUCUCUUUGUUCGAACUGGACAUCUAGCAGCACCACUUGUGUCACAUAUGUUUUGCAAUUUCAUGGGCCUUCCUGCAUUCUUUUCACAAAAGACAGGGAUGGUGAGUGUGGGAUUCGUGGCAGGGGUGUUGGGCUUUGUAUAUCUUUUGUUUCCACUCACUUCUCCAGACUUAUACAAUGAUAGAAUCGAUGAUUGCAAAUGUUGGCAUAGAUACUGUGAUUGGAGCUAGAGAUUAUGCUGCUGCUUAUUGAUACCAGAUUGGCUAGGGGUGUUGUAACCUGUAAUCGGACCCAGAAUAUGGAAAUGCGCUAAGGUCUUAGGUAAUAGUUUUUAUGUUUUAGUC